CAGAGCCCAGGGCGCGCGCAGUGCCUCCCAGUGUCCCGCUCCUGUGGCCGCAGCCAUGACGGAGAACUCAGACAAAGUGCCCAUCGCCCUGGUGGGACCCGACGAGGUUGAGUUUUGUAGCCCCCCGGCGUACGCCACGGUGACCGUGAAGCCUCCCAGCCCCGCGCGGUUGCUCCAGGUCGGAGCCGUGGUCCUCAUUUCGGGGGCGGCGCUGCUGCUCUUCGGGGCCAUCGGGGCCUUCUACUUCUGGAAGGGGAGCGACAGUCACAUUUACAAUGUCCAUUAUACCAUGAGUAUCAAUGGGAAAUUACAAGAUGGGUCAAUGGAAAUAGAUGCUGGGAACAACUUGGAGACCUUUAAAAUGGGAAGUGGAGCUGAAGAAGCGAUUGAAGUUAAUGAUUUCCAGAAUGGCAUCACAGGAAUCCGUUUUGCUGGAGGGGAGAAGUGCUACAUCAAAGCACAGGUGAAGGCUCGAGUUCCUGAGGUGGACACCAUGACCAAGCAGAGCAUCUCCUCUGAACUGGAAGGCAAGAUCAUGCCUGUUAAAUAUGAAGAAAAUUCUCUCAUCUGGGUAGCUGUAGACCAGCCCGUGAAGGACAACAGCUUCUUGAGUUCUAAAAUCUUAGAACUCUGUGGCGACCUUCCUAUUUUCUGGCUUAAACCAACCUAUGCAAAAGAAAUCCAGAGAGAAAGAAGAGAAUUGGUAAGAAAAAUUGUUACAACGAUGACCACAAGAAUAUUACGCAGUGGUCCACGGGGCAACCCACGGCCUGGAAGACCAAAUAACGAAACCAGACCCAGUGUUCAAGAGGAUUCAGAGCCCUUCAAUCCAGACAACCCUUACCACCAGCAGGAAGGAGAAGGCAUGACAUUCGACCCUAGAUUGGAUCAUGAAGGAAUCUGCUGUAUAGAAUGCAGGCGGAGCUACACCCACUGCCAGAAGAUCUGUGAACCACUGGGGGGCUAUUAUCCAUGGCCUUAUAAUUACCAGGGUUGCCGUUCAGCCUGUAGAGUUGUCAUGCCAUGUAGCUGGUGGGUGGCCCGCAUCUUGGGCAUGGUGUGAAAUCACUUCAUAUACCAGGUGCUGUAAAGAAUUAACUGCAGAAACAACCAAGGUUUGAGGCAUCUUGAUGCUGAAGGGACCACAAAGUAUUUUAUAUUCCAUGUGAGCAAUGUUAUUCGAAACACUUAACAGAAUAUUUUUGAACUGCUUUACAGAACUGCAAAUGUACUGAAAGGGUAGUUUAAGUCUAAAAUAUCAUCAUAAUCCUUUUAUUACUUGCUAUUUUUUGCUUUUCUUUGCCAGUAAGGCCUGCUUUUAAGACUUCCUUACCAAGCUCUUUUGAAAUAAUCAUGAAAAAUUAUUUACAAUUUGUCAAAGAUCUCAACUGUACACUUGAGUUCCUUUUAAAUCGUCACUGACUAAAACAAUUAAGUUGUCUUCUGUUGUUAUUUGUACAUAAUUCCUCAGUUGUUCUUAACCUUUAUUUUUCUUUCCCAGUCUUGCAAAUGUGCCCCCAGAGUUCCUAGAUAAAAACAUAGACAGAAAAGGGAAAACAAGACAUAUAAUGGCAUCUGAGAGUGAACAUUAUAAGGCAGCUCAUAGGAAAUUCUUUAUCUAUACUAUGUGCUGGCAUGUGAUUAACAGGUGGCUGCCCUGUUAAGAGUCACCCCCAAGAAAAGAGAAUUAGCAAGCAUUAGGAUAAAGAAGGAAAAUGUAGUCGAAGGUAAAUCAGACUUGUGGGGAAGGACUUUCACUGACAUUCUGAAAACCAGGUCUUCACACCCUUUCAGUCUGCUUUCAGUAAGUGGUCAUAGGGCAUGAAGCAGCAUAAUGAUUUCUACCUUUGCAGUACAAAUCAGGCUGCUGAUGUAGUCCAAUUACCAAUAAGUUACUCUCCUAGUAACAGGGCUGGCAGUGCGGCUUGACAGACACAGCUGAGGAGGAAUGGCUUAUUUAUCUAUAAUGACAUAAAGAAUCUCAGGAACAAGGACUGUCUUUAAAAACUGAAAUAUCAGAUCAGGAAGAUGAGCAGGUAUUUCAUGUUGACAUUUUAGUUUUGACUCUCAUAGUUUAAGAGAUUAAGAACUUUCUUAAGGAAAAUAAAAGUUUUCCAAAACAACACAAAGAUUCAGAGAUGAAAGGUCUUGAUACCAUGACAGUCCCAUAGUCUAUAUACACCAUACUACUGUAUAUCUAGUGUUGCCAAUUUAAAUCUGUAAAGUCAUACAGAAUUUUUAAAACUUGGUUAUCAGAUGAACAUUCAUAUACCUGCAUUUCAUGGAACGUACAGCAAGCUAGUCUUUGGAGAAAAAAGGGAUGAAGGAAAGAUACACAUUGAAUUAUAUGUAAUGAUCACACUGUUCAGGCAGCAGCAACUUCCUACAGUUACGAAUUUUACACAUUCAGUUUUCAAAAUGGUUGCCACUCUAUUAACUAAGCAAAUAAGUGCCAAUGGUUCUGCACACCAUCUCCCACCUCACCACCCAGCAAACUGUAUGUACUUGGUUCUGGAAAAAAAACAGAGUGAGUCAGUGUUCCUACCCCACAAGAGCUUGUGGUCUAAUGAGAGAACAGAGAAUUGGGAUUCGGUACACCAAAGGCCUUGAUAAAGAUGGGAGCAUUGGGCUUCUUGGAGAAAGAAUGCCUUCAAUGGGUACUCAAGGAUGAGCAGGAGUUACCUGGUGGUGAAAGGAAGGGCAUUCUAGGCAGACGGAAUAGGUCAAGUAGAGGUGAGGUUGUAUGGUACAAGCAGUGAAACAGAGCAUUCAGGCUGAGGUAGGCAAUAUCAAGAUGGAAAUGUAGGACUUCCCUGGUGGUCCUGUGGCUAAGAAUCCUCGCUUCCACUGCAGGGGCAUAGGUUCGAUUCCUGGUUGGGAAGAUC